AUGCUGAAGAGAGCAUCGGCAUUGGCCAAAAAAUCGCGGCAGAACCUUGCUGUGGGGAAUGGCCGAACUCCUGGCGGCCUGAAUCUGCGAGAGUCGCCGUUGAUGCGGUGGGCCGCCGCGAGAGUGGGGACUGGAGCACCAGCCUCGUAUUUCCGGGAGAUUGCUCGAGCUGCUUCAGACGAAAUCGAUGCCAACAAGGGCCAACUCAGUGCUAGUCACGUGGCCUUGCAUGAUAGUUUCUCGUGUCCCUGUUUGGAAUUCAUUCCCGAGUACUCUUUGAACCCAGGUUCUCGGUGGGCUUCUCGCUCGUGCAAGAACAAGAAUCAUGCUGAAAAUUUGGUUCACAAUGCCAUGCGGCGAUCGGAUGGGGUGCACGGUUCAGCAUUAUGCACUAUUCAUGCCGGCAUGUGUGAUAGUCGCCUUGGCUCAUGCAUAUCAUGCUGUGAUCUCACCGAGGUUCCUGUGAAAUGCACGAUCACCCACGUGGACUUGCCCAUAUCACUACUGCGGCCACAAAAAAGGCUUCGGGAGGACGUCGGCAAUGACACUGCCGACGCUGAGAAUGCGAAUCGUGGCCGUGGCCGGGGCCGUGGCCGUGGACGCUGUCGUCGACUGGGCCGUGGCCGUGCCAAGAAGAAGAAGGGGCAUGUUUUGAGAACAAUGGUUUACAAAAAAUGGCCAGUUUUCCUGCCACACCACAUGGCGCAUGCUCUGAUGAAGGGAGGAGCGGACCAGAAGGCCAAAGCUCACGCGAUCGCUGUGCAUGGGGACGAGGGGCAGGGAAAGAAACAACGCUCCGUCCUCGUGCUCAGCUGGAGCUGUCUGGGCAUUCGUGGAAAUAAUGUCCUCCAUUACAAGCUACCUUUUGCAGAUGCUUGGUUGAAUUUACAUGUGAUUCGGUCUGCCCACUUUGCAUACGACAAUAACGGCAAGAACCUCACGCUGGAGAGCCUCCAGAGAGCUUUUGCGAAUUCUCUUCGUAAAUGCAGCGAUCCGGCAGCGACUUCGUUGCCAAACGGCACAACACUUCAGUACUGCUGCGGCCGAGGAGAUUGGAAAUGGAAGGCGGAGUGGCUGCAGGAACUUCAUGAUUAUACCAACCUCAGAACGAACCCUACCACGGGACGAACCUUUUGCAGGCGCUGUCGCUGCACGAGCGAUGUGGAGUGCAGGCACUGGCUGGAUGCGAAAAACUUGAGCUGGUACGAACCAGCACUUGUGCAACAGCAUCUGGAUGCUUCGAUGCCGAGCACGCUUCCUCUCCGAAGCAUUCCAGGCUACCAUGCCGACAUGGAGCAGGCCGAUACGCUCCACAAUCUGUGGCUGGGGCCGGCGAAAGACACAUUGGGAUCCGUCUUGAUGGACACAGUGGAAUUCCACCCCGAAUUUCGCGACCUCCCCUGGGAAGAGGGGCUGCAAGCCUUAUGCUCGCGAAUGCACGAUUGGUUUUCAGAGAAUAACUUGGAUCGUUCAUGCAUAGACGAACUCAGCUUGCAGAAGCUCUCAGUGGAUGCCCUGCGAUACGACUUUCCGCUGGGUUUUUCAAAAGGCUGGAGCAACCGGGUUGGACUGGCUUUCGCUGCCGCCUUUCUUCAGGAUACACAGGUGGAAGAGCUUAAAGUACCUGCGACGUGUGCCUGGGCCGUGACGCAAGUGGGCAUCACGAUGGACAAAGCAGGGCUCUUUUUCAACGAGCGCAAAUUCCAACCGGGAACUGUCCUCCAGGUUUGGUCCUCACUGCAAUCUCAGCUGUGCCAGCUCCCACGGGCCCUCACUCUGGUCCUGGGUAUCGAUGCUAACGCUGAUCUUCUAUGGGCCGAUGACGACCAUGCAUAUAUAGGAGAUGCUCUUGGUAGUGGCGAGGAAGGAGCGGGCGAGCAGGGCCUUUUCGAUACCAUUCAGCGUUUUGGUCUCCUAGCCCCUGCCUCCUUCGACCUUCAAGACGGCCCGGGCUGGUCCUGGGAGCAUACUGGUGGCACCCGCAAGCGUCUGGAUCACGUCCUGCUCCAGGCUGGCCCCUGGUCCUGCCGUCGCACCCGACAGCUACCUGAGUUGGACAUUCUCAACGGUCGUCGGGAUCAUAUGCCUCUUCUGGUCGAGUGCGACCUCCGGGGCCAGGCCACCCGGCUCAAGGCGCCGGCCCCACCCCGCGCCACUGUGCACCAGGCACGAGCCAUCGCUGCCGAUCUCUGGGGAGCUCUGCCGUCCACUCUCAGGCACAUUGACAGCGUGGGUGCCGAAGUGCAGGCUCUUAAAACCCAGCAGCUUCGGGCCCUUCCUCGCCCUCCACGCCGCCCCAUCCGCCAGCCUUACAUCACAACGGCCUCUGUCACCGCACUCGAUCGAGUUCGGCAGGCGCGAGAACAGCUCCCCCGGCUGCGAACCAAUUUAGAGUGGCAGCAGCGCCGUUUUCUCUUGCAAGUCUGGCGACUGGGUUGCACCCACCGACGACCCGACGCGGCACCCUUGCGCCCUGAUCCGACUGGCGACCAAACACUGGGAAGCCACCGGAGUCCCUUUGGAAUCCAUCCGGCAUCUCCGCUGGCCUCACGCAAGGCACACGAGCGUCGGUCUGUUCACGCCGCCGGUGGAUUCGACAUUGAUAGCGAGCUGGAGGCCCAGUUCCGAGACCAGGAGGGGGCCAGUCUAGUCAGCCCAGCGCAGCUCUCCAGCGCCGCUGAGCGAUGGAUGCAUGGACCUCGCCUCCCGUGUGCCGAGGCGGUCCCCACCCUCUUGCAGAUGGAACAAAUGUGUGUCCGACAGGCGGCCGCAAAGGCCCCAGGUCCAGACGGUCUGAGGAAUGAGCUGUGGCGGACGCAGGGAGCCUCAGCAGGGCAGUGGCUCUGGCCCCUGUGCGUGCGCAUCGCUCUCCAAGGGAGGGAGCCUUUUGAUUUUAAGGCGGCCAUUGUAUGCGCCCUCUACAAGAAGGGCCCAGCUUCUCUUCCUGCUAAUUACCGCUCUAUCGCGCUACUGAACGGUAUUGCAAAGCUAUGGCAUUCGCACCUGCGCUCCACUGUGGGAGGCCACGUCCUGUCGCGGUACGAGCCUAUGCAGCUUGGGGGCCGCAGGGGUGUCCACACAGGAUUUGCGCUGGCCGCCUUCCGUUGUGCCUGGGACCUUUCCAUCUCGGCUGGCCGAUGUGUUGCCGUGGUCUUUGUCGAUAUUCAGGCCGCGUACUAUGAGGCAAGCCGGGAUCUCCUCUUUUCUUUGAAGGCUUCCCUGAUGACGCUGCCCUGCCAGAGCACCACCACCUUGCUGGGCUGGUUCUCAGUCUUCAACAGCAAGGGGCCCUUGCUGCCUUGGGCGUUGCGGAGGACGUUGUUGCACUCCUUCGUGACGGCCUCGCUGACAUCCUUUUUGGAGCCCUUUUCGCUGUUGGCCUUCAGCAUAUCCAGGAUCAAGCCCAUCGGUUGGGCUGACGACCUUGCGGUUAUGGCUGAUUUUGACCGACCAGCUGAUCUUCUUGCGCAACUGCCUGCGCUGGUCGGCAUUAUCCUUGCCCUUGUUGACAUCCGGGGGGAGGGUGCUCGCGCGGCCCGCGGAGCUCUUCUCACUGGCGACGCCAUGUUGAAGAUCUCUGAUUCUGACAGCAUCAAGUUGUGUCCCGAGUACAAGUAUCUGGGUGUGGCAGCAAUUGUUUGCCCUGGGAACUCAAACGGGCCUGGGUCGCGGGACGAGUCCUGCCCUCAGCGUACUCCUCCCUUGCUCUGUCUCUGGCUGACUCCGGCCGUGCUACGGCCCCUCUUGCGGGCCUUUUUGAACGCACGGGGUGUUCCCCCACAACGCCUAUGUGGGCCCUGCAAUGCCACGCCAGCACAGCGCCGUGCCGCGGAUUUGGGUCUGCCUGCUGAUGAGGCGGAGCUGCAACAGGAGUGGGAUGCUGUGCAGCGCUCACCGGCCCUCUCCGACCUCGUCCCCGGCAACUUGCAACGGGCCGCUGCGGGGUCCUCCCUCGCUGCUCCAGCCCUUGCCGAACUUGGGCUUCCCCUCGCUACGGCCCCAGUCUCGGAGCCCUCCCUCUCCUGCAUCGCCCCACCUCUUUCAUCUGUAAGCCCUCAGCCUCCUUGGUUCUCAUUCGUUGAUGGGGCUGCCUCAGGCCAGGAUUGGGCUCUGCCUACGCCCUGGUGGCCCGGGCUUCUUGCCAAGGGUGGGGUCUUUCGUUUUCCCCCAUCGUGGCAUUGCUUCUGGCCCUUGUGGUCGGCCUUGGAGCUCCUUGCUCCUUGGGAGUUCCGGGCCUUCCGGUCGCUAGGCGUCCUCCGCCGCGCCUCGUCCUCCGGGCUUGGUGCUCCUGUGUCUCUCUGCGAUGCGACUUCCGGCAGCUGGUCCUUAUUGGGGAUUGCUGCCGCCUUGAUCUCCUUCCGUAUGACCUGUAAGGUCGUUUUACGGAUGGGCGCCCUUUGGAUUCCUGGGCGCCCCAGUCAACAGGGCCUUGUCCUCUUGCGGCGUUUGCUUCCUUCCGCAGUCUUCCUGGACUUCUGGUCUCCUGCUGGUCCUGUGUUUCUGGCUGCGAGCUCUGCUUCCCUGGCCUCGUCUGCUCGCGCCGUCAUUGCCGGUUCUGCUCUCUCGGCCCCGUCCUCGCUCUCCGUGCGGGCUUUCUGGGCCUAUCCGGCGGCCUGA